AUGCUGAGUUGAGAGAUUAGUGAGGAGGCCGCAGCUCGGAUGGAUGAGGACGCGGAGGAGGAAGAAAAAAUGAGGCAAGAGGAGGAACGCAAGUGGUUGGAGCGUGAGCGCAUUGCACAAGAAAUGUUUGCCCAGAAGAAGGCCAUGGAGGAAUUGGAGGACGCCAAACGCAAGCGUCUUGAAGAAGAGGACAGAAAUAAUAAGCAGAAUAAGGUCGCUAAAGUUCCAGUGCCCACAAUUGAAGAAAUUCAGGUACGCUGGACUCGUUAA